CCGAUAUCUUGAAGUGAGUUGCAGUGAGAGGCCGAUAUCUUGAAGUGGGCCGUGAUUGCAGUGACCGGCGCAAGAGCUUGCCGUGAGUUGGCUCAAGAGCAGAACCCGAUAUCUUGAAGAAGAGUCGGUGAGCAGGGUUGGCAAUGGACCGCAUUGGCAUGGAGGAGCUUGCCGAUGAGUCGCGCUUGCUCGAUCAUGCUGGGUUGCACGCGCAUGAGCCUCGGACACAGAAGUCACGGCGAACGCCGUUGGUCGUGAGUUCUCUUGUUCUUGGAGCCGUGUGCUUGGCAGCGAUUCCCAAGUUCGCGCCCGGCAGCCCUUCAGUGUCUGACGCCUUGUUGAAGCACGCGUCUCGCUUGGAUGAGGUCCUCUCCAUUCCAGACGAGGAGAAAUGCGAUUUCUACAUUUUCACGCACGUUCCGAACCCAAAGGAUUUGGACAACUUCAAUGAGUACCCGCUGGACGACUUGGUGACAGACUCUGAAGGAAAAGCGGGCAUUUUGGUCAUGUGGGUCAUGCCAGCAAAGGAGUGGGGAAUCAUGCUGGAGUACGUCCACCAGAUCACGACCACGAAGAACAUGACAGCUCCAUCAGAACUCGUUGAUCUGAAUGAGACCUGCCACGAGAAGAUGAUAAAGCACAAGUCCGACGGCUCUUUCCAGCGGGUCCGCAUGUUGUCCCCGCUGGAUUUCAUCGAGCCACUAUUGGCCAUCCGCUAUCGUCUCGGAACGACAAAGUUUCAGAAGUGGUUCGGGCACACAACGUACGAUGCGCCCAAGCUUGUAGGAUCGAUCAUGCGCAUCCGAGCCCUGGGAAACACGAUUCCUGUCUUCCGCUUCGACAUCGACAUCAUCUGCAGCAGGGUCACCAAAGAGGACAACAUGAAGUCGAUCAAGCACGCCGUCUCCCAGGGGGUCGACGACUUCCUGGCAGCGCUGGCAGACAUCCGCGUGAAAACCUUCGUGCUAAGCCAGCAGUACUACGGCGUGGAGUCGGCCAACACCAAGGACUUCAACGCGUGGAACGAGGCCUACUCCACGCGUUGCAACCCGGCUCUCCUCGCCACGCCGGCGCUCGUGAACGCGUCGCAGUGGAGCGAGCGCGACGGCAACGAGUGCUUCUGGGGCAGCUACACCCCCUCCCCGGAGGCGCUCCUAGAGGCGACGGACGAGCGGGUCAUGCUCGCCUUCUACGGCCUGGAGCCGAAGGACGGCGAGGACUUCCUGCAGCCGGUGCUUCCGAGCAGCGACCCCGAGGCGGACAUCUUGAAGUUGGGCAACACGUACAUCGGCGCCAACCCGGCCACAGCGAUCAUCUCCGGCGCCGCCCUGAGCACCGGGCCGGGCACCACCCUCGACGUGCCGCCGUGGAUCCACGCGGACCUGAACAUCAUGUGGAUCGACGAUCACAUCCUCGACAAGAGCACGCAGGAGAUCAUGGGCACCAAGAAGUUCCCCCGCCCGGAGGGCGUUGGGACUGCCAAGGUGAUCAAGGCCCGCGCGCAGCCGUCGAACCCUGCCAAGUUCACGCUCGAGAUCUACAUGCCCACCCUGCUGUAUGGCAUCCUCAUGGAUGUCUGGGUGAACAAUCAUACGGACGCUUACUUGCUGAAGUACCAUCCGGAAGAUCUGCCCAGUGACCUCGCCGACAAACUUGCCAGUCUGAAGCCCGACGAUGGCAUCGCGCAAGGCACGGCCACGCGGGCAAUGCAGCAGGUCAGGCGCCAGGGCGUCAUGAUCCAGGGGCAGGAGUUGAAGGAUUUCAAGGCAGACAUGUGGAGCGACGCUCUCCAGCGCAUCAGGGACACGUACUACCAGUGGGUGAACAUGCCGGAGCCGGAGAUCGGCGGAACAGCAACUCCCAGCUUCGCGGCGCUCUGGAUCGCCGGACGUGUGUGCAAGCACCCUGGCUUGGAGAGGUAUUGCGAGUGCCCCACGUGCUCCAAGCUCGGCCAAGGCAUGAUCUCGCCUGAGUGGGACAAGAAAGCCAGGAAGGCCGCGGAGGAGCAGAAGCUGGCGGACCUGCCGAAGCUCACGGAGGAGGACCUCUUGCCAGGCAUGAAAGAGAAGGUGGAAGAGCUCAUCCAGACGGUGGCCACGCAGCUCGAGUGGAUCUUGACGUGGCCACACGUCAUCCAGGCCGUCCGAGGGGAGGAGGCUGGCCAUCUGGCUUCUGACCUCUUCUGGAACCCCAGCGAGCCGACCUACUCGCUCCCCCUCCCGCCCACCAUCUGACGCUCUGAGCCGCGGGCGUCCAAGGGCAUCUCCUGCAGAACGCUCGCGGGUCGCCCCGAUCUGUCGCAAAGUGCGCACGCCUCGUGCCCUCGGUCCAGACCGCAGCAACGCUCGAAUCGAAUAAUGCACGGGGAAUGCACGUCCUAGCGAUGGCAAGAUCCUUGCCCCUCACCCUCGAGCACAGCCUCGGAGGGGCUGGGCAAGCACCUGCGAAUCCUGCAGGGAGGCUGGUACACGUUGCUGGCACCAGCGCUUCACUCGUUCCAGCCCUCGCCAGCCUCAUUCAGUCUUGUCCUGUCCUGGCGACCCCAUUCUGGCCGUUUCGGGCUCGUCAUUUCGGCCCUUGCCAGGUUUGUUCCAGCACCGGCCUUGUUUUCACUUCCACGGAGUUUCCAACUUCGUUUCUCCCAACGUCGGAGAAUCUGCAUUUCUCAGAGGCUCGGGCUCAGGCUCAGGCGGAAGAGGCGAGGAGCGGAGGGGCCCCUCCCUCCAGGGCGCCUCGCCGCCAGCCAUACCCCUCUCUCAUCUGCGCAUCGCGGCCCCUAUUGGCGGGCGCCCUCGCGAUUGGAAUGAAAAAAAAAAUGCAGUGACCGGCGCAUAUUUGUCAGCUGCUCCCCAGACGCGCAUUGCCGCGUGGAUCUUUCUAC